AUGGCGGACCGCUUCUCCCGCUUCAACGAGGACCGAGACUUUCAGGGUAAUCACUUUGAUCAGUAUGAAGAAGGACAUUUGGAAAUUGAACAAGCAUCACUUGACAAGCCUAUUGAAUCGGAUAAUAUUGGACAUCGCUUACUCCAGAAACAUGGGUGGAAGCUGGGCCAGGGAUUGGGAAAAUCUCUUCAGGGGAGAACUGAUCCCAUUCCGAUUGUUUUCAAGUAUGACGUCAUGGGCAUGGGUCGCAUGGAGAUGGAGCUCGAUUAUGCCGAAGAUGCUACCGAACGGCGCCGUGUCCUAGAAGUGGAAAAAGAAGACACAGAAGAAUUAAGACAGAAGUACAAGGAUUAUGUUGACAAAGAGAAGGCAAUUGCUAAAGCAUUGGAAGACCUCAGAGCCAACUUUUACUGUGAACUCUGUGAUAAGCAAUAUCAGAAACAUCAGGAGUUUGACAACCAUAUCAAUUCCUAUGAUCAUGCACACAAACAGAGAUUGAAAGAUCUCAAGCAGAGAGAGUUUGCUCGAAAUGUUUCUUCAAGAUCCCGCAAGGAUGAGAAGAAACAGGAAAAAGCCCUUCGGCGUCUCCAUGAGUUGGCAGAGCAAAGAAAACAAGCUGAAUGUGCACCUGGAAGUGGUCCUAUGUUCAGACCAACCACAGUGGCUGUAGACGAAGAAGGUGGAGAUGACGAUAAAGAUGAAUCAGCUACAAAUAGUGGCGCAAGUGUCCCUGCCACUUGCGGACCAGGAUCUGAGUUCUCCACAGAUAAAGGAGGCCCUUUCACUGCAGUGCAAAUCGCUAAUACCACUGGACUGGCACAGGCUCCCGGCUUCGCCUCCCAAGGUAUCAGCUUCGGCAUUAAGAAUAAUCUGGGUGCCCCAUUGCAAAAAGUGGGCGUGUCAUUUUCUUUUGCCAAGAAAGCUCCUGUCAAGCUCGAAUCAAUAGCAUCAGUUUUCAAGGACCACGGAGAGGAAGGGACCUCAGAAGAUGGAGCAAAAGCUGAUGAGAAGGGUUCUGACCAAGGACUGCAGAAGGUGGGAGACUCUGAUGCUAGUAGUAAUCUCGAUGGCAAAAAAGAGGAUGAAGACCCUCAGGAUGGAGGGUCCCUUGCCUCAACAUUAUCUAAGUUAAAAAGAAUGAAGCGAGAAGAAGGAGCUGGGGCAACAGAGCCAGAGUAUUACCACUACAUCCCCCCAGCACACUGCAAAGUAAAACCCAAUUUUCCCUUCCUCCUCUUUAUGAGAGCUAGUGAACAAAUGGAAGGUGACAAUAAUACACACCCAAAGAAUGCCCCAGAGAGCAAAAAAAGCAAUUCUCCCAAGCCUAAACGCUUCAGCAAGGUGGCAGCAAGCCAAGGAGCAGGAAAGACUGUUGGUGAAGCCUCGGAGCAGCAGGCGGAAACCAGUGUGGCUGAGCCCUCAGAACCUGCAAGCAAAGCUGAGACAAAGAAGGCUUCGGGAGGGGACAUGAGUGAGCAGAGUUUAGAGAGUCAGAGUCAGAAGUCUCCAGGCAUCCAGAUUUGUGAGUCUGACCCUUCCAAAGAAGCCUCCCAGACCGCCCCUCCAGGGAGAGAAAGCCGGGAGGGACCCAAACAUCCCACUGGUCCCUUCUUUCCAGUUCUGAGCAAAGAUGAAAGCACUGCCCUCCAGUGGCCAUCAGAACUAUUAAUUUUCACCAAGGCAGAACCCUCCAUUUCAUACAGUUGUAACCCUUUAUACUUUGACUUUAAACUUUCAAGGAACAAAGAUGCCAGAGCUAAAGGGACAGAAAAACCAAAGGACACGGGAGGCUCCUCAAAGGACCAUCUCCACGGCCAUGAUCCUGGUGAGCCAAACAAAAGUCAGGAAGGAGGAGAGAAAGCAGAACGUUCCUCGGGAGAUAGAACGGAUGUGCCUGCUCCGGGAUCUUCCUGUCGCGGCCUGAAUAAGCAGGACCCUGGUGGCAGCCACGGAUCGGAAGCAGAAGACGCAGGGAGAAGCCUUCCUAGCAAGAAAGAACGAUCUGGGAAGUCCCAUCGACACAAAAAGAAAAAGAAACACAAAAAAUCCAGCAAACACAAACGGAAACACAAGGCUGACCCAGAAGACAAAAGCUCUAAGGUGGAAUCUGGGGAGAAGUCUAAGAAGCGCAAGAAACGAAAACGAAAGAAGAAUAAGGCAGCCCCGGCAGAUUCUGAGCGGGGCCCCAAACCAGAGCCCCCCGGGAGCGGCAGCCCCGCCCCACCGAGAAGGCGGCGGCGAGCCCAAGACGACUCCCAGCGGAGACCCCUCCCGGGUGAGGAAGGCAGCGCUGGGAGGAAGGAGGAAGGUGGCGGCGGCGGCAGCUCUCAGGAUCACGGCGGGAGGAAACAUAAAGGCGAGCCUCCGGCUUCAUCCUGCCAGCGCAGAGCGAGCGCCAAACGGAGCAGCCGGUCCAGCCAUCGGAGUCGACCCAGCAGCGGAGAUGAGGACAGUGAUGACGUUUCCUCACGCCGGCUGCACCAGAAGUCUCCAUCCCAGUACAGCGAGGAGGAGGAGGAGGAGGAAGAGGAAGACUCGGGCAGCGAGCAUUCCCACAGCCGCUCACGGUCUGGCCGGCGCCAUUCCUCACACCGUUCCUCCCAGCGUUCUUACUCAAGUAGCUCAGAGGCUUCUUCAGACCAGAGCUGCUACAGCAGGCAGCACAGUUAUUCUGAUGACAGCUACAGCGACUAUAGUGCCCGGUCGCGGAGGCACUCGAAGCGCUCCCAUGACUCUGAUGACUCGGACUACACCAGCUCCAAGCACCGGUCCAAGCGGCACAAAUACUCAUCUUCUGAUGACUACAGCCUCAGCUGCAGCCAGUCCCGAAGCCGGUCUCGGAGCCACACCAGAGACCGCUCAAGAUCCCGGGGCCGCAGCCACAGCCGCAGCCGCAGCCGCAGCCGCAGCAAACGGAGGAGCCGUAGCACCACAGCCCACAGCUGGCAGCGAAGCCGGAGCCACAGCCGGGACCGCAGCCGCAGCACCAGAAGCCCUUCCCAGAGGUCAGGCUCUAGGAAAGGAUCGUGGGGUCACGAGAGCCCCGAGGAGAGGCGUUCUGGCCGUCGAGACUUCAUUCGCUCUAAAAUCUACCGCUCCCAGUCUCCUCAUUAUUUCCGAUCUGGUCGGGGAGAAGGCCAUGAGAAAAAGGAAGAUGGCAGAGGAGAUGAUAGUAAAGGGACAGGCCUACCCUCUCAGAACAGCAAUGUUGGCACAGGAAGGGGAUCGGAGAGUGACUGCAGCCCUGAAGAUAAGAACUCUCUCACUGCCAGACUUCUCCUGGAGAAGAUCCAGUCAAGGAAAGUGGAGAGGAAACCCAGUGUAAGUGAGGAGGUGCCGGCCACCCCAAAUAAAGCUGGGCUCAAGCUCAAGGACCCACCACAGGGUUACUUUGGGCCCAAGCUCCCCCCCUCUCUUGGCAAUAAGCCUGUCCUUCCACUGAUAGGGAAACUCCCAGCUACCCGAAAGCCCACCACCAAGAAAUGUGAAGAGUCUGGCGUAGAAAGGGGGGAAGAGCAAGAACAGUCAGAGACAGAGGAAGGGCCUCCAGGGAAUAGUGAUGCCCCGUUUGGACAUCAGUACCCCUCAGCGGAAACAGCUGGCUCCUUACCAGACCCACCUCCAGAAGAGCCGAAAUCUGAAGAAGCUACUACUGCUAAUCACCCUGUGGCUCCACUAGGCACCCCAGCGCACUCUGAUUGCUAUCCUGGGGACCCGACCAUCUCCCAUAACUACCUCCCUGACCCCAGCGAUGGGGACACCCUAGAAUCCUUGGAUAGUGGCAGUCAGCCAGGCCCUGUGGAAUCUAGCUUGCUGCCAAUAGUGCCAGAACUUGAGCACUUCUCCAGUUAUGCGCCUCCCAGUGGGGAGCCUAGUAUUGAGUCAGCUGAUGGGGCGGAGGAUGCUUCCCUGGCCCCCCUGGAAAGCCAGCCCAUCACCUUCACUCCCGAGGAGAUGGAGAAGUACAGCAAACUCCAGCAGGCUGCACAGCAGCACAUCCAGCAGCAGCUUCUAGCCAAGCAAGUGAAAGCCUUUCCAGCCUCCGCUGCCCUGGCCCCAGCCACUCCAGCCCUGCAGCCCAUCCACAUUCAGCAGCCGGCCACAGCCUCUGCCACCUCCAUCACAACUGUUCAGCAUGCCAUCCUACAGCAUCACGCCGCAGCAGCUGCUGCUGCCAUUGGCAUUCACCCCCACCCUCAUCCCCAGCCACUUGCCCAAGUGCAUCAUAUUCCCCAGCCCCACCUGACACCCAUUUCCUUGUCCCACCUCACUCACUCCAUCAUCCCUGGCCACCCUGCCACCUUUCUCGCUAGCCAUCCCAUUCACAUCAUUCCUGCCUCAGCCAUCCAUCCUGGACCCUUCACCUUCCACCCUGUCCCACAUGCUGCCCUCUAUCCUACCCUGCUUGCCCCACGGCCUGCUGCAGCAGCUGCCACUGCCCUCCACCUUCACCCACUUCUUCACCCCAUCUUCUCAGGUCAGGACCUGCAGCACCCUCCUGGCCAUGGCACAUGA